GCUUCCGAAGCGGCUGACUUCCCAAGGACAGCUCUAAUCAGCAUCGCCUCUGUGUCCGUCAUCAUGAUCAUAGCCGUAGUCGUGUUUUGCGUAUUCCGCUGUCGGCAGAGUCCGCCACCUGGGGACCAUUAUCCAAUGGGAAAUGAACGUAAUGGAUAG